CCGCUCCUCCUCUCGCCUCGAUUGACCAUGCGCUGGCUGCAGCUGUCCCGCGCGGCCGCCGGCCUGCGCCGCAACGCCCCCGCCACGAUGCGUCUGCGCCCGACGUCGUCGCUGCUGUCGGCGCGCAGCUUCAGCGCCGCCGUGGCCGACGCGGACGUGCCGCCCUUCGCCGAGGGCUUCCCCGUGCCCGAGGGCUACAUGAACAACCUGCGCAACAUCGGUAUCUCGGCGCACAUCGACUCCGGCAAGACGACGCUGACGGAGCGCAUCCUGUUCUACACGGGCCGCAUCAACGCCAUCCACGACGUGCGCGGCAAGGACGGCGUCGGCGCCAAGAUGGACUCGAUGGAGCUCGAGCGCGAGAAGGGCAUCACCAUCCAGUCCGCCGCCACCUACUGCUCGUGGAAGGACUCGAACAUCAACAUCAUUGACACGCCCGGUCACGUCGACUUCACCAUUGAGGUGGAGCGCGCGCUGCGUGUGCUGGACGGCGGUGUGCUGGUACUCUGCGGCGUCUCCGGCGUGCAGAGUCAGUCGCUCACGGUGGACAAGCAGAUGAAGCGCUACGGUGUGCCGCGCAUCGCCUUCAUCAACAAGCUGGACCGCAUGGGUGCCAACCCUUGGAAGGUCAUUGGCGACCUGCGCACGCAGCUCAAGCUCAACGCCUGGGCGCUGCAGGUGCCCAUUGGCGCCGAGAACGACCUGGAGGGCGUCGUGGACCUUCUCACCAUGAAGGCUCUGCGCAACAAGGGCGAGAGCGGCGAGGUUAUCGAGGAGACCGACGACAUCCCCGCUGAGACGCGUGCUCUGGCUGAGGAGAAGCGCGUCGAGCUGAUUGAGGCUCUGGCUGAUGUCAACGACGAAAUUGCCGAGAUGUUCCUCAUGGAGGAGGAGCCGACUGUCGAGCAGCUCAAGGAGGCCAUCCGUCGUGCCACGAUCGCGCACAAGUUCGUGCCCGUCAUGAUGGGCUCGGCGUUCAAGAACCGCGGUGUGCAGCCCAUGCUGGACGGCGUCAUCUCGUACCUGCCCAGCCCGUCGGAGAUCAAGAACUAUGCUCUGGACCAGUCGAAGGGUGAGGCGCGUGUCGGUGUGCCCUGCUCACCCGAUGCCCCGCUGCUGGCCCUGGCCUUCAAGCUGGAGGAGGGCAAGUUCGGCCAGCUCACGUACAUGCGUGUGUACUCGGGCACGCUCAAGCGCGGUGGCUUCAUCUACAACAUGAGCGACAUGAAGCGCAUCAAGGUGCCGCGUCUGGUAAAGAUGCACUCGAACGAGAUGGAGGAGGUGGAGGAAGUUGGCGCUGGUGAGGUCGUGGCCAUGUUCGGCGUCGAGUGCGCCAGUAUGGACACGUUCAGCGACACCAACCAGGGCAAGUUCACGAUGACGAGUCUGCACGUGCCCGAGCCCGUGAUGUCGCUGGCCGUGACGCCCAAGAACAAACAGCAGAUUAGCAAUUUUUCCAAGGCGCUCAACCGUUUCCAGAAGGAGGACCCGACGUUCCGUGUGCGUGUGGACGACGACAGCAAGGAGACGAUCAUCAGCGGCAUGGGUGAGCUCCACCUGCAGAUCUACGUGGAGCGCAUGAAGCGCGAGUACAACGUGGACGUCGAGACCGGCGCGCCGCAGGUCAACUACCGUGAGACGAUCCGUCAGCGCAGCGAGUUCAACUACCUGCACAAGAAGCAGAGCGGUGGUUCGGGUCAGUACGCCCGUGUGGUGGGCUACAUCGAGCCGCUUACGGACGAGGAGGUGGAGGAGCUGGACAACGAGGGCAACUCGUCGGGCGUCGUCUUCGAGAACGCUAUCAUCGGUAACGCCAUCCCGCCUGAGUACAUCACGGCGUGUGAGAAGGGUGUGAACGAUGCUAUCCAGAAGGGCUGGCUCAUCGGCCACCCGGUGCAGCGCAUGCGCGUGGUGGUGAACGACGGUCAGUCGCACUCGGUGGAUUCCAGCGAGCUUGCUUUCCGCACGGCCAUGGUGCUGGCCAUCCGCCAGGCCUUCCUCAAGGCCGACCCGUGCAUCCUCGAGCCCGUCAUGGCUGUGGAGGUGGAGGUGCCCAACGAGUUCCAGGGCACGGCCAUUGCCGAGGUGAACCGCCGUCGCGGUCUCAUCAACAGCAGCGACGCCGACGACAUGCACACGGUGGUCAAGUGCGACGUGCCGCUGCAGAACAUGUUCGGAUUCUCCACGGACCUGCGCUCGUCCACGCAGGGCAAGGGCGAGUUCACGAUGGAGUACAAGACCCACGGCGUCGUCAUGCGCGACAUGCAGGAGAAGCUGGUGUCCGAGUACGAGAAGGUUCUGGCCGCCAAGAACAAGUAGACUUGAGACGAUUUUGUGCUUUCGGCGGCCGAUGGAUGAGGCAACGCUCUCGUCGACUGCUGAGGACGACACUACAUAGAUGUAGGGAAUAGACCAGAUAGACCGUCGGUCUACGACCACGACACAUAGCAACAAGCCCCAUACAUGUAUUACCCCUUCAUUUGGCCAUUCCGCGCGUGUAUUCCUGGCUUCUACUGGCAAAACUGGUAAAAUACACACCGAAACGUGGCAUUUCAGCCCCACAUUCCUCAACUGCCCAUGGCGGCGAUAGACUACUACCGCGUGCUCAACGUCGCCAGGUAGUGUGCCCCCUUGCGCCCUUCCCCGUAGCAGUCCAUAGCGCUGUCGCUCACUCUGUGCGUGUGCGUGGCUCAGAACUGCAUCGACCAAGGAGAUCAAGGCCGCCUACUUCCACCUCGGUGCGUGUGUCGACCACAGUCUCAGUCAGUUCACGCAUUAUUGCACGCCGCUAACAGGGAGUUUACAUGCGCAGCCAAGUCCCUGCACCCUGACGUGACCGGCAACGAUGAGACCAAGGCGGAGCGCUUCAAGCACGUGAGCGAGGCCCAUUCGGUGCUCUCGGACCCGCAGAGACGGCGCGAGUACGAUGCCUCCCGUCCAGUCGAGAGCUUCCGCUCGUACGACACGUCCGGGAUGACGCAGCACCCGUACGCAGCCACGGGGGGCGCGCCGGACCUCCGGGCGCGUCCUCUGUACGGCAUCAACGAAGAGAUCUGGCUCGCGCACCACUACGGCCCGGAAGCUGCGCGACGCAACGGCAUGCCGCCGCGGUAUUACGGCAUGAACGUGGUGGAGGAGAAGCUCGAGCAGCAGCGGGAGCGCAUCCGUCGUCGCCAGCGCCACUUCAAGUUGAACCGCACGUCUGGCUACUUCUUGCGGCGCGAAGCGAGGCUGAAGAAGCAUGAGGAGGAGCAGGCGGAGGCCCAAGAGAAGAGCGAGAAGGCCAAGGGCAGCGACGGCUGUGUCAUCAGUUGAGCGGCAACCACUAGAGUUGGUGAAUAUCUAUCUAUUGAAGCUAAUAAAGUCUACAAACCUCCAAGCCCAGGGGGCAGGGCGUGCAGACCGAGAGCGUACGAGUACAGUCUGGCGUCAAUUGCAUCCUUCUCGCGGAGUUUGCGAGCUUCCAGCCAGUGCACGAGCCCUUCCAGCGGUGCGUGCACGACCUGGAUGAUCUCGUCAGGCUCCAGUUGCUGCUGCAAUGGCGACUGCUGUUCUUCGUCCCGCACCUCCACCAGCAGAAGUCUGCACUUGCCGUUGGUGACGCCUUGGUCGUUGACCAUCGGCGGACCCAUGUGCAGCACGCGCGAGCCGACGUAGCCCGUCUCCUCCUUGAGCUCCCGCAUGGCAGCCACCUCCGGCGCCUCAUGUGAGUCGAUAAGCCCCGCAGGCAGCUCCAGCACCCACUGACCCACUGGCGGUCGGAACUGGCGGAUCAAGACGACGCGCGUAGGGGCUCCUUGCUUGGUCAGGAACGGGAACACCACCACCGCGUCACACACCUCCUGCUUGUCCUGCUUGUCGACUGACAAGGGCUCUGCAGAGCCGCCUGCAACAGCAUCGGGCGAAGUCUUCGGGUAGGUGGUCGUUCGCUCCAGUCCUGUCCAGUGGCGCUCGGAGCCCUUGGCGUCCAGGAACAAUAUGCGCUUCAAGCGGAUCCACGGGUUCUCGAACAGCGUCUGCUCCGAGACGACCCGCGGGAGCUGCCGACUGUCACGUCCGGAGGAGGAGAAGCAGGCCGCUAGAGCUGGAGCUGGACACCUCGAAGACCCUAUUGCAGCGUGGCAAGCGGCGGCGCUGCGGCGGACAGAGCGUCGACCAAGCAGCAGCAUCACCUUCAUGAGCUCACCCGCGUCAACUGCCGUUGUGGACCGCACACCAAACUUGACGAUUCGGAGACUAGGGUAAGACGCGAUAGUGAAAGUCAAAUCGUUGUUGAAGACGACAUGUCCUCCCUCCUUCCUACAUUGAUGCUGUGUUCUCUCUCUCUCUAAGCACGCCAAGUCUAAAGCGAAGAAAGAGCCUAGCGGUUUUCCACCACGACCGGCAGAACGGCCUUCGUGUGCACGUUCAGAUACGCCGGGCACACCACGCGCACCUCAAACUCGUACUUGCCUGCAAGAAGUCAAACCAAAAUGCAGUUAGAGCUAAGCACCAACACGACAAACACAUAGCUAUAAGCGCCAAAGAUAAAUACAUGCUGCCUCCGGUCCCAAGAAGCCUGCCUUCUGCGCCACUUGCUGCGAUAAGUCCAGGCACUGCAGCAACAAUAGGAGCACAAUCAGUAAAUGAGGAGAUAGCUUCAAGAGUGUUCAGGCAUGGUGACGCUUACCUUCCAAGCCGCAUACAGACGCCCAGUUCCCUUGUCCAUGACAAGGAACCACACGUGCUCUUUGCGGAACGGGCUCUUGGGGUCGACGUGGUCGUAGAAAGUAGCAGUCAGCGGUGCCGUUUCUCCAGCUUCCAGGUGCUGGCGUUGCAGGGUGGUCUGCAGAGUGAGCCAGUCUCCAGGCUGGAUGUUGGGCUCGUCCAGGACAGCGAGCGUCGUUCCGUCCAGGUGCAGCUUCGGGAGCACUC